AUGCCGGAAUACUUGCAAAAGAGGUUCGGUGGAAUAAGGUUACAGAUAUACCUUGCCUGCAUGGCUUUGUUUCUGUACAUUUUUACAAAAAUUUCGGCCGACUUGUAUGCCGGAGGUGUCUUCAUUGAUCAGGCCAUCCAGAUUAACCUGUAUCCGGCAAUCAUUGUCCUACUGCUGAUCUCUGGACUUUUUACCAUUCUUGGGGGUCUGACCGCUGUCAUUUGGACGGAUUUCAUUCAGACAAUUUUGAUGGUGGUCGGCGCAUUCUAUCUCAUGAUUGCUGCAUUCGUGAAGGUUGGCGGAUUUGAUGCCAUGGUUGAAGGCUAUUUUAACGCGGUUCCCAACACCACCUUAGCAUACCGUGACAAUGCGUUCAACUAUACUUCCACGAAUAGUGCAGUGUCUCACUUCCCCAAAGGAACCGAUUCAAAAUACUCCGAGUGUGGUAUACCACCGGCGGAUGCAAUGCAUAUGUUCCGGAACGUUGAGGACCCUGAGUAUCCUUGGACUGGAGUCAUAUUCGGCCUAACGAUUAGCAAUAUAUGGUACUGGUGCACUGAUCAAGUUAUUGUGCAGCGAACUUUAUCUGCCAAGAACCUCACCCACGCCAAGUCUGGAUGCAUUCUUGCUGGAUUCCUGAAACUUCUUCCACUUUGGUUGCUAAUAUUUCCCGGCAUGAUAUCCCGCAUCCUGUUUCCUGACGAAAUCGCUUGCGGUGACCCAGCACUGUGUGAACGUAUCUGUGGAAAAUCCGGUGGUUGCACAGAUAUCGCGUACCCACGACUUGUACUACGUCUCCUACCACCUGGGGCCAAAGGUCUGAUGAUUGCAGUGAUGAUCGCAUCAUUAGUCUCCAGUUUGACAAGCAUUUUCAACUCCAGCUCCACGCUAUUCACAAUGGACAUUUGGCGUCGUAUUCGACCGCGUGCUGGUUCGGCGGAGCUGAUGAUUGUGGGAAGGGUGACCAUAGUGGUACUCAUAGGCAUUUCGGUGGCCUGGAUCCCCAUUGUUCAGUCCAGCGGCGAGCUGUUUCACUACAUCCAAUCCGUUACAAGCUACUUGGCCCCACCAGUCUGCGCUGUCUAUCUUCUCGCAAUGUUCUGGGCUCGCUUCAAUGAACUGGGAGCUUUCGUCGCCCUAAUGGUUGGCUUGGUUAUUGGUCUAAUCCGCUUCAUCUGGGAAGCUAUUUAUCCCGUACCCAACUGCGGUGAGGAGCAGGAGAUUACCACUGCUCAACUGCUGAUAGUCAAAUUAAAUUACCUACACUUCGGAGUAAUCUUAUUCGUUAUCACGCUGGUCGUGGCAUGGGCGGCCGCCAUACUGUCGGAACCACCGCCACACAAACGUGUCGAUGGAUUGACCUUCGGGACCCUGCGCCAUGAACAGCCACAGUUACCAGGAGAAGAGACGGACACAACUGAAACAACAGAGGGCCACGGGGACAUGUUAGCUGCAGCUGAGGUGUACACGGAUAUAGAUCAGGAUGACAAGGAAUCCGAGCGAUCGUUGAAACAUAGGCCUUGGUAUUUGGUCGCCGUUUAUUGGGUAUGCGGAAUUGAGUCCACCCAGUCCAGUCAGUCAACGGUGGUCGAGGAGCUAAAUCUGAGCAUCGAAGAGAAGCCAAAAUACAGGCUGGGCAACGAGAUCGCCGCACUUGUCCUACUUGCUGCAGUAACUUUCGUGUGGGGCUUCUUCGCUUGAAGGUCGCCAGCAUGCUUACCCAGAGUACAUUCCCUUCAGAAUUCCGAAGCACUUGGUGAUGUCUGCGCUGAUUCUAUUUUCCUUAGCGCAGUUGUUUGCAUGACUCCAUCUGUCUACUGGAUUUAUCUGAAUUAAUUUGUGAACAGAUUACUUGGCAACGUUUUUAUAAUCUACUUUAUUCCUUUAAAUGACAGUACAUUUUUACCACCACUUU